CCGGGACCUAGGCUAUCUGAGAGGCGCGCGAUGCUGGCGACGCUGGCGAGGGUCGUGGCUCUGCGGAGAACCGGCCUCCUCAUCGGCCCGGGCGGCGGGAGGGGUUUGUGGACCGGCCGCCCGCAGUCAGAUACUGACAAUAUGAAGCCCUUGGAGGGUGUAAAAAUUCUGGAUCUAACAAGAGUACUGGCGGGACCUUUUGCUACUAUGAAUUUAGGAGAUCUUGGAGCAGAAGUUAUAAAAGUGGAAAGACCAGGAGCUGGUGAUGAUACACGAACUUGGGGGCCACCUUUUGUGGGGACAGAAAGUACUUAUUUCCUCAGUGUUAAUCGAAAUAAAAAAAGUAUAGCUGUUAAUAUCAAGGAUCCCAAAGGGGUGAAAAUCAUCAAAGAGCUUGCAGCUGUUUGUGAUGUAUUUGUGGAAAACUACGUCCCUGGCAGGCUGUCUGCUAUGGGCCUUGGAUAUGAAGAUAUAGACAAGAUUGCCCCUCACAUCAUCUACUGUUCCAUCACAGGGUAUGGCCAGACAGGCCCACUGUCUCAGCGAGCUGGUUAUGAUGCUGUUGCCUCUGCUGUUUCUGGUCUGAUGCAUAUCACAGGGCCUGAGGAUGGAGACCCAGUUCGUCCGGGAGUGGCCAUGACUGAUCUCGCUACUGGCCUGUAUGCAUAUGGAGCCAUUAUGGCUGGAUUGAUACAAAGAUACAAAACAGGGAAAGGACUGUUCAUUGAUUGUAACCUACUGUCAUCUCAGGUGGCAUGUUUGACCCAGGUAGCUGCUAAUUAUCUCAUUGGCCAAAAGGAAGCAAAACGUUGGGGCACGGCUCACGGCAGUAUCGUUCCUUACCAGGCUUUUAAAACCAAGGAUGGAUAUCUUGUGGUUGGAGCUGGAAACAACCAGCAGUUUGCUACUGUGUGCAAGAUCUUGAAUUUGCCCGAACUGAUUGAUGACUCCAAGUAUAAAACUAACCACCUUCGUGUACAGAAUAGAAAAGAACUUAUCAAAAUACUGUCUGCACGGUUUGAAGAAGAAAUGACCAGAAAGUGGUUAUACCUCUUCGAAGGCAGCGGGGUUGCAUAUGGCCCAAUCAACGACAUGAAGAACGUAUUUGCAGAACCCCAGAGUCCAAUGUCUGGAUUCAAAAGUCUACUACAUAAACUAUGUCAUGGACCUUUUCUUUAUUUGCAGGGGUCCCUCAGAGUGUUACACAAUGGCCUCAUCAUGGAGUUGAAGCAUCCAACCGUGGGGAAGAUAUCAGUGCCAGGCCCAGCUGUGAGAUACAGUAAGUUCCAGAUGUCAGAGGCCAGGCCGCCCCCCCUGCUUGGGCAGCACACCACGCACAUCCUGAAGGAGGUCCUUGGAUAUGAUGACAGGGCCAUUGGGGAGCUGCUCGGUGCUGGAGUGGUGACCCAACAUGAAGCCGAAUGACCGAAAAUGCUCUUAACACCACAAUCAGAAUAUACUUCACUAGAGAAGGCAGUCGUCUUUCUGGACCCUUUUCUCCAGUUCUGGUGCCUGCCUCUGCAAAGAAAAGUUAGAGUAAUUCCAGAUUUCCUGCCUGGCGCUCCCAGAAUGGCUCUGGUAUCAGUGCAUCUAGGGCUUUUGUACCCCACCUUCUACUCCUUACUGUUCUCUCCCCCCACUG